CCAUCGGCGAAGUCGCCGGCGUUUAUCCUGCGUCGUGGGGCUGGCGAUGAGGCGUGGGUUUGUGAUACUUGCGCCCGCGCGCGUGUGUGAGAGAGAGGAGGUCUGCAUCGGCGAAGUCGCCGGCAUUUAUCCUGCGUCGGGGCGCUGGCGAUGAGGCGUGGGCGCGGCGCGCGUGUGUGUGAGAGAGGAGGUUUGCAUCGGCGAAGUCGCCGGCAUUUAUCCUGCGUCGGGGCGCUGGCAUGUGUGUGUGAGAGAGGAGGUCUGCAUCGUUGAAGUCGCCGGCAUUUAUCCUGAGUCGGGGCGCUGGCGAUGAGGCGUGGGUCUGUGAUCGCUCUAUUGCUUGCUUAGAUAGGGGAAAAGAGGGGGAGGUGGUAGAGAGCGGCGGUGUUUGGUGUAAUCGCGCGGGGCAGAUCACCGGACCUUUUUAACCGCUCUAGCUCUAUUCUGAGUUGCUGUUGGGUGCUUGGUUUUUAGCAGUAUUGCAAGCUGGGGUUUCCGUUAAACAUCCAGUGAAAAUUUUUGGCCAUGGGUGUGAUGAAUGGUUCCAUGUGUUAGUUUACAUGUGAUGAUUGUGAUUACUCUUUUCAUUCCCUUCCUUGAAUGUGAAAUUAGUCAAUGCAUAGGGACUCAUGUUUAUUGCAUUCUUUACGCGAUGAUUGUGUCAUGUUCUCUUCCCGAGGGGACGAUUCUGUCAUGUUACCGCGCAACAUAGAACACUAGGACGAUUCUGAGGGCUUUUGUAUGAGUACUUUAAAUUCUUAAUUUUCAGUAAUUAUGCCUGGGGAUCAAAACAACAGGAAAGGUAUCAAAGUGAGGGAAAAUACCAUUAAAAUCAAGGUUACUCGAGAUGCUUACCUUACCAAGAAGGUAGGGUCUACAAUUUGUUUUGACCUUCUUGAUGGUCAUGAACCGAGCUACGUUAGAGCCUCGGAUGCGCAAUUUUGUGAAUUUAAAAAUGAGAUCGAGAGGAACUUUCGAGUGCCAGCUGAUAUGCAGAGGUGGUGGAUUUUCAUGAGAAGGGGCAAUAACACAUACAUGCCAUCCAGGGUACUAAGUAUAGAGGAGCAGGAUACAAUGAUUGGUGAUAUUGAAAAGUCCAUUGGUAGUGAAGGUUGUCUUGAUCUCUAUUUGGAGGUUGAAUAUGGGAUACUCUCAAAACCCGUCUACCCUCUUCCUAAGAGGGAUGAUGAAGUUAUGAUAUUCUUCAAAUUCUUCAACGCAAAGCGCUGCAGCUUUAAAUAUGUUGGCAGGCUUUCAUUACAACUCUCAAACAGACCCGUUAACAUUUUAGAAAAGCUGCGCGAAAUGGCAGAAAUUGGCCCUGGAGAAGGUUUAACUCUGUUCGAGGAAAUAUCUUUCGACCCUAAAGUGCUUUGCCACCCACUCAAGCUUGAUAUUUCCUUUGAAGACAACAAGAUAACUGAUGGAGAUAUCGUUUGGAUUCAAACUUCUGAAUCACAUUCGAAGAAUCAACAUAGGAGGCACAACGUGUCCUCAUUCCUUCAAUUCAUGUUCAAAAAAUCGAUUUCACUGGACCUUUAUCAAGAUAUUCUUCGCAAGUACUCACUAUUCAAAAGCAGUGGUUCGUCUCCAAUGACUGUGAACCCAUUCCUUGCAUCUUUGCGGGAUGAACUGGAGUUGAGUUUGAGUGACCAUGACUGCGUGCUGAAGGAUUUGGGUGGCCUAUCCCCACCAUGUGAACCUGUGUGUCAACCCACAGCACGGGUAAAGUCUAAAGAACAUCAGAAGCGUGCAGCCUCUGUUACCUUAGCAUUGUCACUGCCCCGGGGGCAACUGUCUGAUGAAGAUAGUAUCAUCAAGGGGUGGGACAAGAAAUGUGAUCGUACACUCUCAGAUUCCGAGGCACACCACCUUUUAAAAUUGAGAAUUAGUGUCAAGUGCGGAAAACAUUACAAGAAGCUAUCCUCUGUUUCCCUGCCAGCAUCACAACCUCAGGGGCAAUUGCCUAAUGAAUAUGAACCGAUCAAGGGAACCUAUCUACGGAACAAAGAGUCUAUGUCUGAUUCUGAGGUGUCUGGCAUGUCUGAUGCCAAGGCCCAAGAGGGAGAGGUGUCAUCCUCAGUGGCAAAACUGAAGUUCAGGAUGAGCACUAUUAAACCAAGCAAGCCAGGGGUUAACUAUCUUCUGGGCCAGGGGUCUUUCAUCACUUUGCUCUUUGCAAUUGAAACAGAACUUUCCUCCUCAAAUUUAUUGCAGACAAAAUGUAUGGCCUCCUUGGAUGCUGAUGUUUGAGAAGCAUAUUUUCUUUUCAGGGAAGCAUAUGGAUUCUACAUAUUCUUCUCAUUAGAAGUUGGAUUGCUGAGAAUGAGAUGUUCAUGUGAUUUUUUUUUUUAGUCAGAUCAUGUCGAGAUGCCUAUCACCAUGGAGGCAUGAAAUCAAUUCUGAAGCUCAUGUAAGUCAAGCAUGAUGUUGCCGCAUGACAAAGAUGGAGCUGGAUCUGGCUUUUGAUCUCAUGUGUGUUAACUAAUGAUAAUAAAUGAUGUACAAGUUUGCUUCUCGCAUGAGCCAUAUGAUGUACAACAUUGCUGCUACCGAGGUUUUGGUUACAAGUUUGAUCUUCUUUUGACAUGGAGGUGGCUCAAAAUUUGGCUCCUUGCGCCCUCCCAUCUUGAAAUCCCGGUUGCUUGCCUGUACAUGGAAUUGAGUAGUCAAUUUUUUGUAUAUGAACUUGAUUUCUCCCGGCAGAAGUUGCUUA